CGCGAAGUACUCAUAAUACUUUAUAUGACUUGGAAUUUGCUAAAGAUACUACAGAUAAUAAUACAAAGACAAUGUGCUGUAACGAAGAUAUCCGAGACGCCAUUGAUGAUGUCUGUGGCAUCUUAUCCAAAUGGAACGACCGUCUUAUAUACGAAUACAAUAAAGGAUUACAUGAAUCUUAUAAAAUUAGUUCAAUUAAACAACGCAGCGCAGAUCAAAAAAGUGCGCGUUAG